GAGUCCGAGCGGAGAAAUGGAAGAGGACAGACGCAUCUGCAAGAACUGCAAGAGGGAUGUGGCUGCGGUGAACUUCUCUCUCCACGAAGCUCACUGCAUGCGGUUUCUUGCUCUCUGUCCCAAGUGUGAGGAACUGGUUGCUUCGAAGGACAUGAAAGAGCAUCAUGCCAAGGCCCACCAAAAGGUCAGAUGCAUACUCUGUCACAAGAAGAUGCAACAGUAUCUGCUGGAGUACCAUGAGGCUGAAGAAUGCCAGGAGCGCUUAAUUAAAUGCCACUUCUGCGAGCUGGAGCUACCAUUCCAUAUGCUGCAACCUCACCUGGAUGCUUGUGGCAGCCGCACUACCAUGUGUUGGGAUUGUGGCAAAUACGUCAUGCACAAAGCCCAAGAGGGGCACAAGCUCACCUGUCAAACAGACAACAUGCUGAGGAGCCCUGGUUCCAAAACAAAUUUAUGCCAGCAGUGUAACAACUGGUUUCCAGCAGAUCAAUAUCUAUUCCACCUGAACGAAUGCAGUUCACCUCCUCAGCUCCUGGGGGCUCUCGCCACCCAUUCUGCCGCAAGAUCAAGGUCUCCUCCAUCUCCAUGGAGCCCUCCACCUCCAGCUCCUUCUUCCCCUACUUGGAAAAUGAAGGCUGAGAAGGAUGUGCGCCCCAAGAGGAGGGACAGAGAACUGCCUUCUCUCCAGAAAGCAUCUCUAAAGUCUCCAAGAAGCAAAAAGGCAUCUAGCUGCCAGGACUUUGCCUCCAUCCUGACCUCCACUGGGCCACAGGCCCUCAAUGAUGCGUAUGACCAGCUGGCGACAUGUUCCCAGUGCAACAUCUUCCUUCCGAGCCCAGUCCUACAGAAGCAUGAGGAGAAUCCAUGCAAAACUCACCAGAAGGAAGUAGCUGGCAAUGACAUGUCUCAGCGGCUGAACUGGCCCUUUUCAUUCCAGCAGGAUCGGGUCCAGGAAAGUGCCUUGCAACACCCUGAUCUGCGCUUUUUAAGAAUAAAAGAGCUACACAUUUGACAACCCAGACUGAGCAUAAGCAUCAUUUGCGAGUUUACAACAAAGAGUCUUUGGAAUGCAAAAGGGCCAGUGAGAUUUGGGGCAGCUGAAUGGCGCCUACAAAAGAAGCUGGACCAGAAGCAGCGCAAGGAUUCCUGCAUUUCUUUUCUCGGGGAAGAGCCUGUUGGUCUUUGAGGAGAAACUUGGUUAUCCUGGGAAGAAAAUGUGGGUUUGCUGGAAUCCAGAACUUAAAAAGUAUAUACAG